AUGAGCGUCGAUGUUACGCCUCCUAACAGACAUUCUUCGAGUGCGUUCUUGUCUGGCAAGCCCACGAGCUCUGCUUUGGGAUACCCGGACGAAUCCAUGCCGUACCUCACGCAGCAGUACGCAUUGCCCAUUCACAGGGCCAAUACCGUCAGAAGUGCUACAGAUAGUGGAACUGUAGCACACCGGGCAGAGACCACGCUCCGUCGAAAAACUCCCAACGGCACGCUCAAUGCCGGAUUUGACGUCUCCACUGAUCAUCCAUUCCCUCCGUUGAAGCACCAAGCUGUUCCUUUGAGCAAUGGCAUCACACCACGACUCGACCCUUCUCACGCAUACAAUGGCAAGCGCACGUUUCUCGAGCAUCAGUACCAACAACGACAGAACGUUGGCCUCACACCCUGGGAUGGUCAACAUGGGACUGAUUGGCAGAACGAUCCCUAUGGACAGCCAAUGAACGCAUUUCCAGCGGACUCUGUGUUGAGCCAAAUGCCGGCGCAACAUUACGGUAUUCAACAGUACUAUGGUCAGACUGUGCCAAGCGUGAGGCAGCCCUCUUUCCAGUAUCUUGGGCCAACAGCAUCAGGUGGCCAAGGCUCAGGUCCUUACGGUCCAUACUGGCAUGAUGGGACCUUUGUUCCCUACAGACCAGCUGCCAUUCGCGACCCUCGAUUUUAUCACCAGCACGUUCCCAACUUUACUGGCCAGCAGCUCCUCCCGCAGCUACCUCCUCCUCAGGGCAGUCUAUGGGCACAGAACAUUCCCAUUCCCAUACCCCAGACGACAUCUCACCUCGGCCACUUUGCACCAUCAUUCACAGCUAUCCCAUCACAACAUUCGAGCAUUGAUCUCGAGUAUGGCUCGGCCUCCCCCAACGGACAACAGCGUGAGAGAACCUUUUCCUGGGCCCUUCAGCAAUAUCGAGAACUACUUGCAUACAUACAUCACACCAGACGUCAACAGCAGCAGAGUCGGCAGGCACAGGGACAGCAGCACGUCGCGCAGCGACCCAGCUUCUACCCUAAACCUCCGCAACCAUCUCCCUCUGGCUCUUCCCUGCAGAUCGGCAAGACGAGGACAGAACACAGUCGAGCUUUCCGACAGCCAAUUGGAACCUCCAUCUCCACGAUGCUCCCGCCGCUACCAGUCGAUGACUCUCCGCCUGUUCGCGCCGCAACCGCGUUGACUCAGAUGACAGCUCUUUGCUCGCGUACAGACUGGCAAUGGAUUGAUGGAAUGCAUUUGGGAGGCUGCCUGGCAUAUGGACUAGGUCAUUACGAGAAAGCACUGAAAUGGUACGACAAGGUGCUGGAGAGGGAUCCGAAACAUCUCGAGGCAACCUCCAAUCUAGCCGCCACGCUGCUCGCUCUGGGCCAAAGGAAGGAGGCGGAGCAGAAUUGGAUGAAAGUCGUCAAAUCUGCUCCUAAUCAUUUCGAGGCUGUUGAACAUCUGGUGGGAUUGUUGUGUCACGAUCAGAGGAGCAAAGACGCAAUCAAGGUCAUCGAGUACGUGGAGCGCUCGCUGCGACAAAGGAGAAAUUCGGAUCUCCUCAAAGCAGCCGAAAAACAGAGCGAAUGCUCUUCAUCGACGGCAAGCCGUUCACCGUGCAUUUCUGAGCUGUCUGACAAAGGUGUUCAUGACUUUGAUGUGGAUGGAGACGGGCAUGUACUGGACCACCGUGACAGCAAUGAGCCAGGGUUUGGGUCGAGUGGCUUCGCAAUUCCCGGCUGCGACAACGGACGAAUUCUGGCGUUGAUACAUGCCAAAGGGAACAUGCUGUACGGACUCGGAGACAAUCCUGGUGCCGCGACCGCCUUUGAGGACGCCGUGCUGAUCGCGGCCGGGCGACGUUUCGAAGGGAUACAAGGGCUGAUCAAGAAUAUUCUCACCGUGGUGUCACCGGCGUCCCGCCUGCAACAUACACAGCAGCGAACGCCAACUCUAUCCACAGACCCCGUUCUCCUCUCUCCCGAGCAGGCGUUGCAGACGUCCAAACUCUGCUUCCCACACGUUGGUGAGCUACCCGGCCUCCAACACGUCCUAGGAGGGCCACAAAGCCUUGCGCGGAAAGCUGUUGUGUCAACUACAAGCAACUCGCUGCUAUCCUUGGCCAAGAUCUUCCAGGACGGCUUGUCCAACGCGAGUCGGGCAGCCGGGCUCAGUCCACUUGCUCAUGGCGUGCGUGACAUUCUCGCGCUGUACUACCUUUCGCUAUCGCUGCAGCCCAGCCCCUCGACAGCCAACAAUGUUGGCAUUCUGCUUGCAAGCGUCCAGCAAUCUGCGGCGCCGGUCGCUGCCAACCACAGGGCUGAGAUUCCCGGUGUCGUCCCAGGGAGUGGCAUUGCGCUGGCACUGCAAUACUAUAACUACGGAUUGCAGCUCGACCAGAAUCAUGCACAUCUCUACACCAAUCUUGGAAGCCUGCUCAAGGACAUUGGACAGCUCGAUGCUGCCAUCAAUAUGUACGAGCGUGCGGUGAAGUGUGACGGGAAGUUCGACAUUGCUCUCGCAAACCUUGCAAACGCCGUCAAAGACAAAGGCAGAAUCAGCGAUGCUAUCGUCUACUACAAAAGAGCAGUAGAAGUCAAUCCCGACUUUGCCGAAGCGGUAUGUGGUCUUGCGAACGCAUUGAACUCUGUCUGCAGCUGGCAAUCACGAGGUGGCAUAGCCGAGGAUGGAGGCCGCCGAGAUCGUUGGCAUGUUGACGCCAACGGCAUGCUUCUGGACGCUCGACAGUCGGGCGCAACGAGCACAGGCUGGGUGAAGCGUGUGGUGGACAUUGUUGAAAAGCAACUCAAAGAGGGCGAAAAUUGGGGCGCUGGAACACUGUCGCCUCCUGUGCUGGAAGACAUCCUGCAACAAAUCACCGGGUCCGAUGUUGCGAGCAAGGUAGAUCUGCAAGAGCUAACCAAAAGGCUACGGAAGACUCUCGACGUAUGGACAGGCCAGAAGUGGGAAGGCGGAAGAUUGGUCAGGCUGAUCGAACGCGCAACGAAACGCAUCUCCUGGCAAAGGUAUCAAGACACUUAUGUGCAGAAGCGACAAGGUCCAUUGUCCAAUUAUAAGCGACCGCGAUUGCCCAGCGCCCUCACGAUACCCACCGCACCGACCGUCCUUCCAUUCCACACCUUCACUUGUCCGAUGUCAUCCAAGCAGAUCCGACAAAUCUCGCAGCGCAACGCGCUUCGCAUAUCCACGGCCACCUUGAAAUCACCCUGGCUGCCAUCACAAGUCUUUCCGCCGCCGAGGCCGCCGGCGCCUUGCUUGAGGGUUGGCUACGUGUCGUCUGACUUCAACAACCAUCCCCUCGCGCACUUGAUGCAAUCAGUGUUCGGUCUGCAUGAUCAGAAGCGUGUGGAGGCUAUAUGCUAUGCGACCACAGCCAGCGACAACUCACCACAUCGUCAGCAGAUCCAAAACGAGGCUCCGGUCUUCCACGAUGCGAGUUCUUGGUCGGCUGAGAGGCUUGUCAAACAAAUUGUGCAGGACGGCUGCCAUAUUUUGGUGAAUCUCAACGGCUAUACACGUGGUGCGCGCAACGAAGUCUUCGCAGCUCGUCCGGCUCCGAUACAGAUGUCCUUUAUGGGAUUUGCGGGAACACUGGGCGCAGAGUGGUGCGACUAUUUGUUGGCUGAUGAGACCUCCGUUCCGCCAGACACGCUCCGACCUUGGCGCAGGAACGUUGAUCUUGAAGACCAGCUUGUUGACGAGAACAUGGGCGGUGAUGAUGACGAUUGGGUGUACGGCGAGAACAUCAUCUACUGCCGCGACACAUUCUUCUGCUGUGAUCACAAGCAGAGUGCACCGGAUGCGAAUGACAGACGCCUGGGGUGGGACGAAGAGCAGAGACGAAGAUGGCAGAUGCGGAAAGAGCUCUUCCCACAACUGUCCGAUGAAACGAUCAUCUUUGGCAACUUCAAUCAGCUCUACAAGAUCGAUCCCACCACUUUCCGCACAUGGCUUCGCAUUCUCGCUCGUGUGCCAAACUCCAUCCUCUGGCUCCUCCGCUUCCCGGACCUAGGCGAAUCCCAUCUCCUCGCCACCGCUCGUCUUUGGGCCGGUUCGGAAGUCGCAUCGCGAGUCAUCUUCACUGACGUGGCGCCCAAGCACCUCCACAUCUCGCGAGCGCGCGUAUGUGACCUGGUCCUCGACACGGCGGAGUGCAAUGCUCAUACCACGGCCGCCGAUGUGUUGUGGAGCGGCACGCCCUUGCUGACGUUGCCGAGGUAUGCUUACAAAAUGUGCAGUCGCAUGGCGGCUAGUAUUCUUCGAGGUGCUCUGCCGAAGAACGAAGAGGGCGACCAGGCUGCGGUGGAGUUGAUUGCACACAACGAAGAGGACUACGAAGACAAAGCCGUUGCGUUGGGAAAGUCCAUGUCUUAUCCUCGGGAAAGCAAAGGUUUCGGGCAAGGACGACUCGUGGAGUUGAGAAAGAUGUUGUUUCAUGCUCGUUGGAGCAGUGGACUGUUUGACACGAAGCGCUGGGUCAGAGAUUUGGAGGAUGCUUAUGAUGAGGCUUGGAGGAGAUGGGUGGCGGGUGAGGGAGGGGAUAUUUGGCUGGAUCAAAUUCCAAGCAAGGCAUGA